AUGAUUCCAUGGGCCCAUGUACUCUCGUGUGCUCAGAUGGUCGCCGAACUUUUUAAAGCGCACUACCUGAAAAAGUCUCCCGGGACCUCAAAGCGCCCACUUGUAUGGAACCUGUCUCGGCGAACCCUUCUCUGUAUGGUCCGUUCCGUUCGCCCCUCUUUGAGCACCAUCGUCGAGGUGGACAUUGACGGCGAACCGGGCUGA